AUGGAAGCAUCUUCCUCGUCGGAGCUUUUGUUUGGAGUUAGAGAAGACGGUCAAAGCGAGCAACAACAGCAUUCCACAGGACCAACUUCAGCUACGGGGCCAGUCCAGCACCUCCGCCGCCGUCGCCGUCGCCGAAGAGAAGGAGAAACCAACCAGGAACGCCAAGCAAAUCCAGAUGCAGAAGUGAUAGCACUGUCUCCCAAUACCCUAAUGGCAACAAACAGGUUCAUCUGUGAGGUAUGCAACAAAGGGUUCCAAAGGGAGCAAAAUCUGCAGCUUUACAGAAGAGGACAUAAUCUGCCAUGGAAGCUUACACAGAAGACCACGAAAGAAGUGAAGAAGAAGAAGUCCACGGUGAUUCAUUAUGUGGUGGAUGACAUGGUAGAUGGACUAAAUUGGCGUGAUAGUUUUAUCACUCACAGGGCAUUCUGUGACUCACUGACUCGGGAAACUGCAUGGCGAACCCUAGACUCCAUUGGCAACCAUUUAUCUCGAGCUGGAACCCAGAUUCCAUCGUUUCAAGGCCAGAAUAUUAACACUGGUGGUGGUGCUAGGAGUGAAGCUUUGGAUCCCUUCUCGAGCAACGUGAUCAUUGGCGAUCAAAUCAUCAGCAGCAGCCCUUAUCUCUUUGCUCAAAACAAUAACAUGGUGCCCCAAAUGUCAGCUACCGCAUUGCUCCAAAAAGCUGCUCAAAUGGGCUCAACUUCAGGCAACAACAGCAGCGAUUCACUUACAUAUGGCUUUGGACAUGGACAUGGACAAGGAAAACAUCAGCAGCAGCAGCAGCAGAGAAAUUUGAAUGUUAGCGGUGGUGGGUCAGAUAGAUUGACUAGGGACUUCCUUGGGGUAGGGCACCAGCACCAGCACUUUGGGUAA